AUGGUCUGCUUGAAACAUUUUGAGUCUUUUUUUCCACGUCAGCUGCAGUACUGGAGGCUUUACCUGCUGGCACUGGUUCUGGGAAUCGGAGGAUCGUUUCAAUACGGGAUCCAAGUUUCUGUUAUCUCCUCUCCAGCAGAGCAUGUUCACAGAUUUGUGAACUCCACCUCGAUACACAGAUACAGGACUCUAGUGGACGGGUCCACCAACCAGCUCAUCUGGUCCUUCAUUGUGGCUGUGCCGAGUCUGGAAGCCUGGGUCAGAGCCAUGCACAGUGGCAGCCUGUCUGUCCGCUACGGACGUAAAAAGUCUCUCCUGAUAAACAACAUUGUGGCCACUGUUGCUGCCUUGCUCAUGGUCUUCAGUCGAAUGGCGAAGUCUUAUGAGAUGAUCCUGCUGGGAAGAUUUCUCUAUGGGAAUAACGUUGGUAUGUUUAUUGUUGUUCUUUAUUAGCAUUUUCUGUGCUCUUUUAAUCUUUUGCUCAUUUUGUCUCCAGGUCUUGGGUUAAUGCAGGAAAUAGGGAAAUAGGGAUAGAAGACUAUUUUGGAUUUUGGAUUUCAUGUCUUUCCAGGAGGCCUUCGGACAGUACUGCUUCCUGAUUUUUGUGGUUGACUCCGUUUUCAGUGCCAUGUUCAUGUUUUUUUUCAUCCCAGAGAUCAAAGGGAAGACUAUGGUUGAGAUCAUGGAGGAUUUUAACAAACUGAACUACAAGAAGAAAAGAAGUGAUGCUUCAAACACUGAAAUUGCAACAAAAAAAAAUUUUUUUUUUGUUUGUUUUCACUUGUAAAUGUAUUUGGUUUUAAAUGACUUCCUAAUUACUAUAUGGGACAUGUGUUAGCUCCUUGAGGUCUAAAGAGUGAAGCGUAAUUGAACUUGUCUCUUUGGUGACUUGAAUUGAGCCCAAAGGUUGAUUUAAGCAAUGUUGCAACUGGUUUAAAUUUUUCAAGUUUAUCCAGCAAAUUGCAGUGGUAAAAGACCCAGGUGAGGAACUUGUGUAUCUAGGAUCUCAUUCAUUCAGCCACAAUCCAAAUCUCAUGAAUAGGUAAGAGUUGAAACAUAGAUGCACCAGUAAAUCCAGAGUGUUGCCUUUUGUUUUGUUGAGUUUCACCCAAGGGCAUAGGACCGGGUUUAUUAUUGGGGGGGGCACAUUUUGGAAAUCUAACGAAUCUGUGAUAGGUCAAUAGGUCAAUAUAUACACUCCCCUAAAGGAUUAUUAGGAACACCAUACUAAUACGGGUUUUGACCCCCUUUCGCCUUCAGAACUGCCUCAA